CUCUUGCAGAUUUGUCUUCCCAUAUUUGAAGCAUCCUAUGAGGCUUAUCCUACACAAACUACUGUUCGCUUCCAUGCACUUGUGGUUGUGCUGGAGUUCUUCCACUCAUGUUCAUGCAUCAGAUGACAGUUUAAAGCCCGGUGAAACACUGAAUUCCUCUUCACUACAACCAUUAUAUUCGAAGGGUCGCAAAUAUUUUCUACGAUUUUAUACCACUGUAAUUGGUAGUGAAAUUUUUACAUACUUAGCAAUACAAAGUGCAUACGACUAUGCUACAGUUUGGGAGGGUAAUAGAGGACAACCAAUCCACCAUCGUGACGCAGUUCUGUCCUUAGACUUCUCUGGCGUGCUUAAAAUAGAAUACGAAUCUGCGAAAAAACCAAUUAUUCUGUAUUCUCCUCCUCAACCUAUCAACAACACUGUGGCCACUUUGCUGGACACAGGUAACUUGGUGCUUCAACAACUUCACACCAAUGGGACAAACACUCUUUUGUGGCAGAGUUUUGAUUCUCCCACCGACACUUUGCUCCCCACCAUGAAGUUAGGUGUUGUUGAUCACAAAACAGGCCUUCGUCGGUUACUUGUUUCUCGGUUGACCAAUGCGAUUGCGUCUCCAGGAGCCUUUAGUCUUGAAUGGGAACCGACGGCGAAAGAACUGAUGAUAAGGAGACGAGGAAAAGUUUGUUGGAAGAGUGGGAAAAUGAAGAACAAUAGAUUUGAGAACAUUCCAGAAGAUGCACAAGGCGUGUUGAAGUACACCGUAGUGUCUAAUGGGGAAGAAGACACCUUCUCUUUUACAUCGACUAAUGAAAACAUUAGACGUUGGUGGUCCCUGUCGGAUACCGGACGGUUAUCCUAUAAUAAAAAUGAAGGGUAUGUUGCAAGGGCUGAUCUGUGUUAUGGAUACAACAACACAGAAGGAGGGUGCCAAAGAUGGCAGGAUAUACCUAAGUGUAGGAGUGCUGGUGAUGUGUUUAUUAAAAAGAGUCUUCGCCGUAAUUACCAAAAUCAAACCAUUGAUGACAAUCAGAAUAUUAGUCACAGUGAUUGUGAGGCUGCUUGCUGGAGCGAUUGCAAUUGCAAUGGAUUCACAGAAAUCUAUCUCGAUGGAACUGGAUGUAGAUUCUAUCAUUGGAAUUCAUCCAAAGAUUAUAUAGUUGAUGGCACUGUUUCGGGUUUUGACUUUUACAUACUGGAGAACAAAGGGAACAUAACCCCUCAUCAUCAUCACGGUACAAAAAGGUGGAUAUGGAUAAGUACAGUAAUAGCAUCUACUUUACUCAUAAUAUGCGCAUCCAUUCAAUUCCUAGCCAUAAUGAUACGGAAACAUGUGCUUCAAGAGAAGAAAAGGAGAGAAAUGAAAUCAUCUCUAAUCGAAGAUUUUAGAAAUGAUUUCAAAAAGGGAAACGGUUUAAAAGUAUUCGAUUAUACGUUGGUUGAGGCGGCCACAAAUGGAUUUUCAUCUGAAAACAAGUUAGGACAAGGAGGUUUUGGACCAGUUUAUAAGGGAACUUUGCCAACAGGAGAGGAGGUUGCUAUAAAAAGACUUUCAAGAAGUUCUGCACAAGGAAUUGUGGAGUUUAAAAACGAACUGACACUCAUAUGUGAACUUCAGCACAUGAAUCUUGUUCAACUACUUGGUUGCUGCAUUCAUGAAGAAGAGAAGAUUCUAAUUUACGAGUAUAUGCCUAAUAAAAGCUUGGAUUUCUAUCUUUUCGAUUGUACAAGAAGCAAAUUAUUGGAUUGGAAUAAGCGGUUCAACAUAAUACAAGGAAUUGCUCAAGGAUUAUUGUACCUUCACAAGUACUCAAGACUCAAAGUCAUUCAUAGAGACUUGAAAGCUAGUAACAUACUUCUUGAUGAGAACAUGAAUCCCAAAAUUUCAGAUUUUGGAAUGGCCAGAAUGUUUACUCAACAAGACUCAAUAUCAAAUACGAAUAGGAUUGUUGGGACAUAUGGUUAUAUGUCUCCAGAAUAUGCUACGCAAGGAGUUUUUUCUACAAAGUCUGAUAUAUACAGCUUUGGAGUGUUGCUGCUUGAAAUAGUUAGUGGGCGAAAAAACACUAGUUUUUAUGAUGAUGACCGCCCAAUAAAUCUUAUUGGACAUGUAUGGGAAUUAUGGAAAGAUGGCAAGUGUUUUGAAUCAGUGGAUCCAUCAUUAGAGGAGUCAUUUGAUUCUGAUGAAGUGCAGAGGUGUAUUCAUAUUGGUCUCUUAUGUGUUGAACAUUAUGCAAAUGAUCGACCUACAAUGCCUGACAUAAUAUCAAUGUUAACAAACAAGAGUGCAAUAAUGUCUUCACCUAAAAGACCAGCAUUCUAUGUUCAAAGAGAGAUGCUUAACCAGAAUUUAUCUUCUGCAGAGUUGUGUACGACUUCUACAGUAGAAAUUACUACUUCGUUGGAAAUAGAAUAAAUUGAAUGUGUUAUUUACUAAUUAAAAGGCUUAAAUACUCUUUUGGUCCUAGUUCUGGUCGACUUUUUUCACUUUGGUCCUACUUUUUAAAUUGUUUUCAAUUUGGUCCUACUUUUCGUUAUAUUUUUUCAAUCA